CAGGGAGCGUUCUGCACUAUUGGAUUACUCUCAACCAUCACAGGAGUACAGUUUUCAGAGCAGCGCGAAGCCCCACGGACCACAGCAGCAUGGGGAGCAGCAUGUCAUGUGUCCCCCAACACAACUUCAGAUUCUCCAGCAAGAGUUUCAUUCGCAGGAACAGCAGUCGGCUGUUUCGUAAGAAGAAUCCCCAAGAGGGACAGGAGAAGUCCAACAGCAUCAUCAACAUCCUGUGCACCGUCACCCCCAGGAAGGAAAUGUCCCAUAAAGAUCUGCAGACGAUAGAGAACAUAAAGUGGGAUCCUCCCUACGACCCGGCCAGUGGCUGGAAGAAGAGCAGCAUCAAUGUGAAGAACUACGGACGGAUGAUUCACAGCUCCAAAGUUCGUUUCCGCUUCCUGCACUGCCAGGAUGUACAUGACUGCUACCUGGAUCUCUUCCAGACACACCUUCAUUUUGUCUCGAACAACACAACCGGGCUGACAUACCAGGGCACUCUCCCUUUAAAAGAACUCACGAUCUGCAACCUGCAACAGAACUGCAACCACAGCCAGCCCCAGGAAUUCGCCUUUCAAAUCAACGGUGUCAGCCUUAACCCCAUCAUCGUCUACUGUGCCAACCAAGAAGAAAUGGACCUAUGGUUUGGUCUGCUCAAGGAAAAUAUUGAGGCCAACGGAGGAACCGCAAUUGCACCCGAAAACUACACCAGAGUGAAAGUAAACCAAGGUGAGACCCCUAACGGCAGAGAGGAGCUGAGGAACUCCAUCAACAGAGAGCCCAUCUACGAGUGGGAAGGCUCCCAGAGGGACAGCCUGGGCACCAUCAGCUAUGUCACUAAAGUCCGACUGCAGCACCUGCCCUGUCAGGAACAGAGUGACAGGCUACUGGUAAUGUACCCCUCGACGCUGAUCAUCCUAUCUGAGGAGAAUGAUGGGCUCUUCUACAAGGGGAAACUUCCACUCAACAUGAUCACUGUGACCACACCCUGCCAAGACGUCAAGCCCAACACCUUCAUGAUUGAAGGCAAGCUGAUCAACCCCAUAGUGGUGUCGUGUGUGGAUAGGACUGAGUUCUGCGACUGGAUCCAGCAUUUCAAAGCUGCUGAUGUGCCCGUUCUCACCCCUCCGCCCCCCGUGUAUGACAUCAUCUACACCCCGACGCACAAAGAGGCUCCACAGUUUGACAGGUGGAGUGGAAACAGCCAAGGACGAACGGAGUCUCUUAGGUUCAGACAGUCACCGAGUGGACGUGGGUCCCACAACCUUCAGUUACCCAUUCAAGAAAACAACCCUCUCUCGCCAGGAUACUCUGAACCCCUCUGUUACAGCUCCAGUCGUCCCUCCUCAACCGAGACCGCCCGCCUGGGCAGCAGGACCAACAGUGUGUCGUCCCACACCAGGCCUGAACGCGACCUACGACCUUUGUCAUUGCGCUACUCCUCCCCCCAGCGCAGCUCCUACCUCCAGCCCAUUGAGAGCUCAGUGCUGUCUCAGAUCUACAGCACGCCCUACUCUGCCCUGCAUCGUGCCAGCCCACAGCGGCUGGAGAAAGCACCGCUCAUCAAGUCUAACAGCUGGAGCACCCCUCAGACAUCCUUGAGCUACUCCCUGAGCACCCCCCAGCGCCACUCGGACAUGUGCGCCCCUCGUCAACCGUUGUCGCCCCUGUACGACGAGCCCUGCAGCCCCGAAAUCUACUCCCUGGAUGAGGCCAGGCCAGUGCUGCAGAGCUGGGAAGAGCCGAUUCAGCAUCACCACCACCAGCAGCAGGGCCCCCAGCUCCUACCGUCCUCCUUCCAGCUUCGCACCCCUCCCGUGGGCAGGCGCUGCAGGAGAAGCUUGGUCCUGACCAACUCCCAGGGACAGGCUCUGGGCCUGGAGAUGGAGGCUCCUCAAAGCCAAGCAGAGCAGAGAGCCGAGGCCGUGUCGAGGCUAAAGCUGCUGCCUGCGCCCGGCCAACGGCAAGAGCAGAUUCUCCUCCCGUCGAGCUCUGCGAGGAACACCUCUCAGAUGCCUUAUGGUUACUCACCAGAUCACCACUCCUACCUUGAACCCACAGACCCAGAUGACCAGGAAAUGGACUAUGACAACAUUUGGGAGUACGACUGUGAUACUGGAAUGAUUCAGCCAACGUCUGGAAUUUCGACACACUGGACAGGAUUAGACUUUGGGGCCAGAGGCCUCGGGGCCAUGGCAACCCAGCAGAGAUGGUCAUAAAACAAAACAAUAGCCCGGCACUCGUCUGGACGUGUGCAAACAACAGAUCUCUAUCAGAGAGAUAAUAAAAACCAACUAGCACGGCCUGUGUUGCUCCUGCUGCGUACAGUAUGAACCAACGAAUCCCAUGAACUGCAUCGUUACUGGCUGGGUUGUCAAGCAGAGGAAUGUGUGCAGGUAUAAAGAGAAACGGGCUAAAAACCAAACAUUAUGAAAGUGGUAACAGACAGACUUUAGCUGACUGUUCUGUUUGAUAUGUAGCAUUCAAGAGAAAAGAUAGCAGGGUGUACAUACUGUGCAGGUUUAAUGUUAUAUUUUUAAUGUAUUAUAUAAUUGCACUAAAGAUUUCACAUGUAGUACAAGAACCUCCAGAUUUUUUAAGGUAUUUUCUAACAUGCUGUCCAUUUUUCUUAUUGUUACAUUUUUGUUUCCCAUUAAAGCUAUAAAAAGCAUUCCGUCAUGGCUUGUUAUAGUAAAGGAUGUACAUUUUUGUAAAUAUUGUAGUACUGAUUAAUUAUUUUAUCACGUUGUAUUAUUGAGGCAAAUAGAUGUGGCUUCAACUGACUGCCUUAAAGGUGCUAAUAUUACUAUUACUACUACAACGCGUGGCUUUGUUUGAGGUGUUUAUUUAUAUUUGGAAAUAAAGCUGUAAAAAAGUG